UUGCAUGGAAAUUUCAAGACCUACUUGCCCCGGUCUUCAAGCAUUUUGAAAAUAAAACUAAAACGAUGGUAAGAAAUUAAUUUCUGACUUAUAUGUGGCUGGUCAGGAUAGGAGAAUAAAAGUAUGCAGUGUCAAUGCCUGGACAAAUUUCUAUAUAAACACCACAACCAUUUUUGUGAGCAAAAGCCAUAAAAACAAAACGAAAACACAAGCUUUCUUUAAAGACAACCAUGGCUCAAUUCCACCAAUCUUUCAUCCUCUCCUCUCUUCUGAUCCUAACUGCUCUGCAUUCCAUCCAUGCCGUCGAAUACGUCGUCAGCAACCUCGCCGAGACAACACCCGGCGGUAUGCGCUUCAACAACGAGCUCGGAGUGGACUACACCAAGCAAACAAUGGCAUCCGCUACAGAAUUCAUCUGGAACAUCUUCCGGCAAACCACGGAUGCAGACAGGAAGAACGUCGAGAAGGUGAGCUUGUUCAUCGACGACAGGAACGACAAUGCCAUAGCAUAUGCCAUCAAUAACGAAAUCCACUUCGGGGAUAACUAUAUCGAUAACAUUGAAGGGGAUAUAAAGAGGGACUUCAAUGGGGUUCUUUACCACGAGAUGGUUCAUAUAUGGCAGUGGAAUGGGAACGGCCAGGGAGGCGAUACAGCCCGGAACUUGACGGAGGGGAUUGCCGACUUUGUGAGGUUGAAGGCCGACUACGUGCCGCAGGGAUGGGCGCAACCCGGAGACGGCAAUUACUGGAGUGAAGGAUAUUCGGUGACGGCUCGGUUUCUGGACUACUGCAAUGGACUUAGUGAUGGGUUUGUGGCUGAGCUGAACAAGAAGAUGAGAGAUGGUUAUAGCGACGACUUCUUUGUUCAGCUGCUGGGGAAGACCGUUGAUCAGCUUUGGAGUGACUACAAGGCCCAGUUUGCAGGAAAUUAGGCAUAUAUCUUAUAUAAAAUAGAAAGGAGUACUCUUCACUUAUAUGAAUAAAAGCAUGAAUAUAUAUUUUUUUUUUUGGUGACGUGAAUAAAAGCAUGAAUUAGUGUA